AGAAAAUAAAAGAGAGAGAGAGAGAGAGAGAGCGGUGGACAAGAGAAGCGCGAGAGAGUAAGGGGAAAUAACUACUGGCCGAUCUCUUCAGCAGACAACAGUGCUUUCUUCACGUGGAUAGCGUCAUGUGCUCGUCUAGAGUAGAAGUCAACAGAGAAGUGUCUUUCAGUAGUGUGUGUGUGUGUGUGCCCUAACUUUAGGUGUCCGAUGGUGGAGUAACUUCAACUGAUGUUCACGUGCAUGGAAUUAUUGAGUUGAAAACAAUAUUUUUUAUAAUAACCUUAUUAAAAAAACACACACACAGGUCAUUUAUUUUUGGUCAAACUAGAUAAAAAAAACUCAGUGCUCGAUUUUUUAAUUAUUUUUUUUUUAGAACUAGCCAUUUUACUAUCUAGUGAGACAGACGUGUGUUACAAACGUGUGUUACACAGGUUUGACAACACACAUUCUGUAACUUGUACUGUAAUAAGUCUGCUUCUCAUUUGUGACACAUCGGCUUCAUAGAGAUCUUUUCAGGCAAUGAAAUAUGAGCUGCUACCUAGGACGAUGGCGAAGGUUGAAAGAAGUUUUCUGGCUACUUGUAGCAGUGGCUACCAUAUCCAUGCUGGUCUCCAUUCACCUAGGGGUCCAGCUUUCUUGGUUCGGGUCACCUGUUGGAAACAGCAAGAUCCACGACCGUGUCAUAGUGCAUCGUUGGACCUACAGAAAAACGGACGCAACUGACCAACUGGACACGAGUAAUGUAUCCCAUUUUAAAGAUGAAACUCCAAGAGAGCCCAGCGUUCAUCGAUUGGAUCUACAAGUGGUCAUCAAUGACCGCAUAAGUGGGGACCAGAUCAAGAAGAAAGCAAAUAGAGUAGAUAAUGCUGACCUUCAACCUUUGAACUUGUCGGCUAAAGUACUGAACACUUCUGAACUUCUGGAUAAACUGAGACAGAUUGAAUCUAGCAUCACCCCACCGACCAGCGAAGUUUUGGUCAGAUGCCCACUGUCUUCACUGAAGCAUCAUCUCUAUCUCACGGAGGCCGCCUUCCAAAGGUACGGGGCGCAUGUGGUUAUGGAUGAAGGCAUCAGUCAAGGUAAGGAAAUGAAACCGGAGAUCUGGUCAAUUGUUAUGUGUAUGAACACACCCGAAAACACAUCUGACUGCUUCGAGCCUGCGCUUGAAAUAUAUCAAAAGGUGAAUGUUAUGCCAGAGUUGCUCCGCCUGCUGAGGUCUCCAUUUCAACUCUGCGCAUGCAAGAAUCUUGAAGGAAAUACAGGGCAGUGGCUGAAGGGUAAGUUAGAAUGUUUCUUAGAAGAAGAAAUGGGUCUCACGCCAUGCAACAAUACCUCUGACUGGUGGCUUGUAGGCAGGCAGCAUAUACAUGGUCAAUUUAUCUCAUGUCCUUCAAGAGACUCACAAGUGCAUAAUGUAUCUGAUGAGGCAGUCUGGAUCAAACUACCAUAUGACAGAUUGAAAAUAAAUGGCUUCUCUUUCAUUUGGCAAGUUGAAGUGCUAGUCACCUCUUUGUCUCCGCUAAGAAUAUACAUGCAUCCCAAUGGAAUAUUGUGGGAAAAUAUAGAAAAUAUUUUUGAUAGAAAGCAUCAAAAAACGUUAUCAAUUUUGGACUUGAGACAACUUUUUACUGAACUGACCAAUGAAAAAGUUUCAAAUUAUGCCAUGGGAAACUUAGAUUCUGCAAUUUUGGAUGCAUUUAAUUCAUUAUCAGAAAUAGAAAAUUACAAAAGCCAUGAAAGAUCUUGUUUGAGGUGUUUUCAAGUUUUCAAUGUUUUUGUCAUUUUUAAUUCCACAUUUGACUCAUUCAUUUUACAGAUUAAGCCUUACAGCUAUACUGGUGAUCUAAUUACACUGAAUGAUUACCUUAUGGAACAAAGCAUUCUAGAAGACUUACCUGCCAUGUUGGUCACUAGAGAACCAACUGCAAGACAGGUAGCCACUGUUCUUAGCAUUCUCAAUAUACGUUACAUAAGACAGGGACAGCUUUGUAAUCAAGAUGAGUCUCUAUGUUUGCAAAGAGAAGACUUAAUAUUUCUUUUAGAUACCAGAAAAGAACAAAGAACUGUGAAAUCCUGGAUCAGGCUCUCUCCCUCAUCUUACAGUAGCAAGGAACAAGGAACAGGAAAUGUUGAUUCUGUGAAUAUCUCAUUGGAAGCAUUGGUUUUGUUUAUGGAACAAUAUUUUGUGGGAAACAAAGAUACAUCAGAACAGUUUAAGACUACAAUAGAUCCAAUCAUAAAUAUCUUAGGAAAUGAUAGCAUUAAUGAAUUAGCAACUGUAGAAUCAGGUUUUCAAUUUUAUAAAAUCUUUUGCGAUAGUGAUGAAGCAAGUCAGCCCUACCUCAAUGCCAUAUACACUCAUCCUCAUAUUCAGCUGUAUCCAGAGUUCUCUCCCUUGACCACAGAUUACAUGGCCUUUGUUGAUUACUCCAUAACAUUGGUUGAGAUAGUUGGCAUUCCCAAGAACUGUUUGAGCACAGUCAGACUUGAGGAUAGAGAGGAAGGCAAUGUAUUUAAUAACUUCAGUAUUGGUAUUGGACAAAACACUGCCCACCUUCUAGUCAUGGGAACUACAUCAAUGGGAGAGCUCUAUACUCUCAAUACUUACAGAAUUACUCUACACAGGCCAGUAGCAGGACAUGAUAUGGGAAAGUUUGACAACAGCAUUGAUCACCAAGUUUGCUCCAUCAAACAGGAUUGCACACUUCCUAUGAGUGAAAGUGAACCAUGUGGAUUGCAAACAACACAUUUUAGUAGCUGGACAAAGUUUGUACAACAUGAAACUUCACUGGGUCAGUGUGGAUCUGAUAGUACUUCAGCUGGUCACUGGAUGGUUCCUUGCAAUACAUGCAGAGACAGCAACACUUGCUAUUGGAAAAAUGCCACUUGGCAUCAGACUGACUGUAGAGAAAAAUAUUUGCUUAGACCUGAACUUGAGAAAUGUCUCCAUCAAAAAAAGGUUUUAUUCAUUGGUGACUCUACAAACAGAGGAAUAUUACAUUACAUUGUACAUAGACUCAAUGGCUCUCUAGUCAAGUGGGACAAGACUCACAACAUAAGUCUGUACACUGGUCUAAAUAAUGGACACACUAUAUUUGGAUUUGCUUACUACCCUCAAUUCUGGCUGUCCUCCAAAGAGCAGCCACACUUAGACAAAGCAUUAUUCCAACUGUUUAAAAGAACACUUUCAACAUUUGAUCCUGUGAUAGUACUUGGUGGUGUGCAUUGGCUUGUCCGACGCCAUCUUGAUAUUCUUGCAGAUUUUUUGUCAAGCAUGGGACUAACAAACACUAAGGUAAUAAUAAAAGGUCUUGGAGCUGGAUUUCAUCAACCAGUCAGAGGAAUUCGGCAGCGUUCACUGGAAGAUCAUCGUCGACUGUAUGUUCACAAUCAGGCAGUUUUGUCAUAUGCCAAAAGUAAGGGUUUUUCUGUUGUUGACACAUUCGGAAUGACAAUGGCCAGAUACCAAGAAUUUUUGCCAGGAAAAUGUGCCUGCCACUUCCAUAAAGUUGUUCCAGCUGAGCAAUCAAUUGUCCAGAAAUUGUUUUCCCAAGGAAGUCAAGAUCCUCAAACUACGUAUACAGUUGAAGGGGAGAUAAAUGCUCUUUAUUCUGAGAUGAUUAUAAACAGAAUAUGCUUCCUUAGCUAAGUAUUAUCAGACCCUUGAUUGCAUUGUUACCCUUUUGUUGUUUUCCAAGUGCAAUAUUAUUCAACUUACUCAAUGUGAUACUUAAUGUUCUACAAUCUAUUUAUAGAUCAUUUAAAAAUGAGCAUUUCUUUUUUUCAACUCACAACUUCUCAAAGUAAAUGACCAUAUUUUUUGUUCCAUAAGAUCCACCACAACAUAAGGUACACCAUUGGUUUCAAGGAGGAAAAGUAAAAAUUAAAACAAAAUGGUGGGCUACAAAAUUUACUUAUAUAUGAUGGUGGCCAACAGCACCUCUUGCCUUUUCCAUGUUCAAUAUUAUAUUUAAAUGCUCAGAUUAAAAAGCCUUCUAUAUAAGUUUACUGGCCAUUUCUGUUUGUGUUGGUAGUAGGAGACUGAUAUUUAUUAUGCAAGAAGUGACAGUAUUAGUGUACAUUGACAAACUUUAAAGGAAUGAUCUACUAGCUCUCAGCUAUACACUUUCUUUCCUAGACAUAAAACAUGCAUACAAACUGAUUGAUGCAGGUGAUGUGAUGUCACCUAUUGUUAACUUGAGUAUUUGGCUGCCUGGUCAUGCAGUGUGUGCACUGUCCUAUUGUUUGGAUUUAUCUAUGGUCCCAGGUUCUAACCCUGCCUGCUCCCAUCCCCUGUUGUCUUGCAGAAGAUUUGGACUAGGAAGUAAAUUAUCUUCAACUCUGAAGGAACAUCCAAAAGAUGUAAAACAUUUUACAUUUACAAACAUUUAGAGGUAGAAACAAAAUUCUUCUGGUGCAAAAAAUAUGGUUAGUGGGUACUGAGAAAUGUAUGAAAUGUUAGAAAAAACUCAAUGACAAUAAACAGAUGAUGGCAAAGGUUUGUAUUUCAUGUCAUGUUUUACAAUGUAUAUAAGCUGUGUUCUGGUACAUAUUGGAUUGUUUAUGACUAAGAAGUGCAAUUAUUGUAACACAAAUUGAAGGGUGGUAAGAAGAUUGUUUCACUUCGAAUAUAUUGUAAUUUUUUAUUUAUUAAAGGGACCAAUUUAUAAACGCACUCUGUUCAUUUCCUAAUUUUAAUGUUUUAAAUAGUAAUUUUUAAAUCAUUCAUUUUGUGUCAAAAUUAGAAAUUUGUCAAGAUUUUAUGAAAAUAAAGUUAUAAAAUUUUUUAAUUAAAAAUUUCACUUGUUCAUUAUAAUUCACUAUUUUAUCAUUUUUGAAAUAUCUUGUUACUAUACAUUGUGUAACUACAAUUUUUUUUAUUGCAACGCUCUGUUUACUAUAACCUAUAUAGCAGUUUGUUACCAUACAUUAUGUCUAUCUAUAACAUUUUAUCAUAAAUCUACCUGUUUACCCUACAGUAUUAUAGUAUUUCUGCUCUAGUCAUCAUAUAAAGAGUUUAUGUUCUUAUUUAAAAUUUAAAUGUAGUUGUAGCGCUGGAUGUCUUCAAUAGUACAAAGACUUUUUGUUUUACUUAAAUCCAAGAUACAACCUGCAACCUGAGAUACAACCUAUGUAUUAAAUGAGGUUUUUCCUCACCACCUACCUCCCAGCUGUUAUAUUCUCUCCUUACAGCUGAUGGCAUCCAAAGCAAAGGACCAUUGAGGGUUGGUAUUGGUAGCAUUGAAAAAAUGUAUAGGAGUUAUGUCUACUUUGUGCUGCAAAAUACACAAGGAUAUCCAGCAGCAAUAGUUACAUACAAAUUAUCCUAGGGCUGAUUGUUAAAACAGGGAGUAUGUUCAUUUUCUACAAUAUAAUUGUUUAUUAUAAACUGCUUUUCUAUUCAUUUGUUGUCACUCUUGUUAUCAAAAUAUAAUUUAUAGGCAAGUUGUUCAAGAUAGUUAAAUGUAAUUGAGAUAUGAAUGCAAUGACAAGAGAUGUUUGUUAAAAAUGCUUCCUAUGAAAUGUAUGUAUAAUCCAAGGUGCACAGUCUUUAAAUCCUAGUCAUCUAAAAUGAACAAAAGAACUCCACGAGCCUCAAAUACAUUUUCUAUAGUCUAACAUUAUUGCACUCAGUUUUUGCCAUUUGGUCCAUUAUAAGAAAUUCAGAAUUUUUGUGAGGUUUUUUUAUACAUAGAAUAUAUUGUUUUUCACUUUUUGUUGGUGACAAAUAUUUCUGAUAAAACACUCAUUUUCAAAUGAAUAUUCUGUUUGAUCAGAAAGUAAAUUUCACAUAUCAAAAUGAACUUGAAUGUUGAACUAUUUUUAGUUUCAUUAUUCCUCAGAGCAAUCAAUUGCUGAGUGAAUAAUGUUUUUCUGAAUCAAACUCUAUAUGGUAAGCUCUAGUUUGUGUUCUCAAGGUCAAGUCUUUCUAGUCUUCCAGUCCUUUAUAAUGAUCAUUUCUUCCAAUUACAUAUCUUUGUUUUUAAUUCUUGGAAGCACAGAUUUGAUCUUGUUUUUAUGAGAUGUUGCAUUAGCUGAAACUUAAUUACCACAUUGUAGUAUUAAUUAAAUAGCUGUAUUAUAAACAUUUUAUUGUAUGUAGAAUUAAUACUAUCACAUGCAUAUUUCAGUUUAAAAGCAAAAUUUAUCAACAAUUCAAAUGGUUCUGACUAGGGAUGGAUUAAUGUAUAGCAUCUGUGAAUGCUAUAUUACAAUUAGUGUGCCUUGGAGAGAGAGAGCUUUAAUUCUAUUUGAUAUUUUCAACUAGUAAUUAUUUCCUACAGUAUUCUGCUUAACCAUCUUGUCUAAAAGCUUUUGGCCUAGGCUCUUAGUUUAUGUUACUCUCAUUCUGAAAUUCUAAAAAAAAUUAUAUUUACAGGUUAAACAUUUAAAAAUAAGUAUUUUUAUUGUUCAUCUGCACAUAGAAAUUAUUUGCCUUAGUGCUUGUUAAGGCUUUAUUUUUUUGACAUCAAGGAACAAAUGUUGACAAAUUAGCUUACAUGGUUUAGCUAGCAAGCUUAUUGUCAGACAAGGUUCAUUUAAUAUAUAAUUAUAGGUAGGGCCUUUAAAGUUGAUCUGAACAACAAAUUGUAGAUUGGCUACUAUAAAAACUAUUUAUUGAACUCCUAAUCGACGAUACCGUCGUUGAUUUUACUUCAGUACAUUAAAUUAUAUAUUUAAUUUUUUUAAACUUGACUUUGUGUUAUAUAAAAAGAGCAUGCAUUCCCCCCCCCCUUAAUUCUAUACUAAAUACAUUUUCUGAUAACAAACAACAAAGCUAUUGAGGCCAACCAUAACAUGGUAGUGAAAUAGUUAUGAGCAAUAAAGACUUCGAAACGUGGAAAUAUAAUUACGGAGGGAAAGAGUUAAAGGCGAAUAUAAAAAAACACCUUAGUACAUAAGAGCCAAGUAUUUUUUAAAAUGCUUUAUUAACUUAGGAAUCGGCUUACUUUGACAGUUCUGUGUUUUGUUGAAAUAUUGUUAAUGCUUUAAAUGAUCCUAUUAAAAAGAACAAGAUAUAAAAUAUAUGGAAUUUUUUAUGUAAUAAAUUAUUAUACUAUU